AUGGCAUCGAGACUACGAAAAUUCGGCGUAACAGCAGCCGGUAUAGCGAUAGGUGCCGCUCUGUCCACCUAUGCCCUGCAGCACAAAGAUACGCCUCAGUAUCAGGUUCAAAUGGAGGAAAUGCAACGUGUUCGGCGUAAGCGUACACUGCCUCCACGAUCAGAACAGAUCCGGGCGCUACAGAGUGGUGAAGAGUACGACGUACUGAUCAUCGGCGGUGGAGCUACUGGUGCAGGCUGUGCACUGGAUUCGGUCACCCGAGGUCUUAAAACGGCGCUGGUUGAAGCGGACGACUUCGCUAGUGGUACCUCGUCCCGAUCUACCAAGCUCAUCCACGGUGGCGUACGAUACCUGCAGAAAGCAAUUCUCGGUCUGGAUAUCGAGCAGUAUCGCAUGGUCAAAGAGGCUUUACACGAGCGUGCUUCUAUGUUGCGGUCGGCUCCACAUCUGACGCGACCUCUGCCGAUCAUGCUACCCGUUUACACUUGGUGGCAGAUUCCGUACUUCUGGGUCGGUAUCAAGGCGUACGAUUUCGUUGCGGGCGAUCGUAACGUGAAAAGUUCGUACUAUCUUUCGAGGGCUGACGCGCUCGAGCUUUUCCCCAUGCUGCGCGGUGAUAAACUGUGCGGAGCUAUCGUGUAUUACGACGGGCAACAGGAUGAUGCGCGUAUGAACCUGGCCAUCGCACUGACCGCGGCCCGCCAUGGCGCCUCAAUCACGAAUCACGUCGAGGUGUUGGAGCUGCUGAAGAAAAAGGGCGCCGACGGCAAGGAUGUGCUGUGUGGAGCUAAGGUUCGCGAUAACAUGAGCAAAAAAGAAUGGACGAUUAAAGCAAAGUGUGUCAUUAAUGCGACCGGUCCGUUCACGGAUUCCAUCCGUAAGAUGGAUAACCCGACGGUGAAGGAAAUCUGUUGCCCCAGCUCCGGUGUGCACAUCGUACUGCCGGGCUACUACAGCCCGCAGCAGAUGGGUCUGCUCGAUCCGGAUACUUCUGAUGGACGUGUGAUCUUCUUCCUGCCCUGGCUAAACGGCACCAUCGCAGGCACGACCGACUCGCCGUGCGAUGUAACGCGCACUCCAACUCCCACCGAGGACGAGAUCCAGUUCAUCCUGAGCGAAAUCAAGAACUAUCUCAACAAGGACGUAGAUGUGCGCCGUGGUGAUGUGCUUUCGGCAUGGAGUGGCAUCCGGCCUCUCGUAUCCGACCCGAAUAAGGAAGAUACUCAAUCGCUGGCGCGUAACCAUAUCGUGCACGUAAGCGAUUCCAAGCUGGUUACGAUCGCAGGCGGUAAGUGGACGACUUUUCGUGCCAUGGCGGAGCAUACGAUCGAUGCAGCGAUUAAGGCGUGUAAUCUUAAGCCCGAGCGCGGCUGUGUCACUGAUGGGCUGUGGAUUGAAGGGGCCCAAGGUUGGACUCCGACCAUGUACAUUCGCCUGGUACAGGAUCUGGGGCUGGAAGUGGAGGUGGCCAAACAUCUCGCCAUAUCUUACGGCGAUCGUGCGUUUGCCGUUGCCAAGCUGGCUACACUGACUGGCAAGCGAUGGCCUAUCAUUGGUAAGAAGCUGCAUCCAGAGUUUCCGUACAUCGAUGCAGAGGUGCGUUACGGUAUUCGCGAGUAUGCGUGCACUUGUGUGGACAUGAUCUCGCGCCGACUGCGGUUGUCGUUCUUGAACGUGCAGGCCGCUCUGGAAGCGCUUCCCAUGAUUGCGGAUAUCAUGGCAGAGGAGCUAAAAUGGUCGAAGGACGAAAAGGAACGCCAGAUAAAGAGUUGCGAACACUUCUUGCAAACGCAGAUGGGUCACCAGGCCAACCGCACCCUGAAGGAGAAGGUACCGAUCAAUCUAGCCAAGCAAGAGGUAGACAUGUAUGUGAAGCGCUUCGAGACUAUCGAUAAGGAGAAGAAGGGUUACGUGUCGAUUACCGAUAUUAAACGUGCCAUGAAGUCGUUCGGAGACGCAGAAGUUAGCGGUGAAGAGCUGCACGACAUUCUGAAGGAAAUUGAUACCAACAUGAACGGACAGGUCGAGUUGGAGGAGUACCUACAGAUGAUGUCAGCCAUCAAAUCCGGCUUCGUGUCGCACUCCCGGUUUGCGGCCGUCGCGGAACAGGAGGAAAUCCGCAAGGAACAGGAACGUCUACGAAAGCAGAUCACCAUCGAACGUUCUGGAGCCACUAGUCAACGAAAGUGA